AUGAAACGAAGAGAACGUAGCUGGAUGUAUAAAAGGACGAUUGGGCAAAGUAUUAAUCCAGAUUUCGUGAAAGGAGUUGAUGAAUUCAUUCAGUACGUCAGAGAUCAUCCCGAGAGUAGUAAUCCGGAUGAGGUUAGGUGUCCAUGUGUUAAAUGUAAGAACAAACGCCUUUGGAAUGCAGAUACGUUUAAAAUUCAUCUGUAUGACAAGGGUUUCGUACCUAACUACUACGUGUGGAUGUGUCAAGGGGAGGGGUAUCCGGGAGUUCCCGAACGGCGGUCCAAUGAAUAUCAUGACAUGGUUUUGGAUGCUUUUGGUCAUAGUCAAGAUCAAGGUCAUUCCGAGGAGGCUUCUGAAAGGCCAUUAUACGAAGGGAGUUCUUUGUCCGUGUUAGAGAUGGCCGCUAGAAUCACUAGUCUCAAAUGUGAGUAUAAUUUGCCUCACAGAUGUGUUGAUGGGUUUGCUUCUUUGCUAAGUGAGGCGAUCCCGAACAACAAUCAUAUGGCCGACACUUUCUACGAGGUGAAGAAGAUUGUGAAGGGUUUGGAACUGUACCAUCAAAAGAUUCAUGCGUGCCCGAAAGGGUGUAUGUUGUUUUGGAAGGAUGAUGCUCAGUUGUCUGAAUGCAGGGUGUGUGGCAGCGACCGAUACAAGCAGACUUCCAAAGGUAGCCUAGUGCCUUUGAAUGUUCUAUUUUAUUUCCCGAUCACACCCAGGUUGCAAAGAAUGUUUCCAACGAAGAACAUUUCGGAGGAAAUGACAUGGCAUUCGAAAAAUCCCAGAGUUCAAGGCACAAUGGCACACCCUAGUGACAGCGCAGCUUGGAAGCACCUCGAUUGUCGGUUUCCAGAGUUUGCUUCUGAGCCUCGUAAUGUGAGACUUGGCUUGUGUACAGAUGGUUUUGCUCCUCAUGGUAAGUUUGGGGGUCAAUAUUCUUGUUGGCCUGUCAUUUUGACCCCUUAUAACUUGCCUCCUUCAAUGUGCAUGAAAAGACAAUUCAUGUUCCUUUCGUUGCUCGUUCCUGGUCCAAAAAACCCUAAGGGCAACUUGGAUGUUUACAUGCAACCGUUGAUAGAGGAGUUGAAACUGUUGUGGGAAGUCGGCGCGGCUACUUAUGAUAUUUCGAAGAAACAAAAUUUCAAUCUUCGAGCAGCCACCCUAUGGACCAUUAGUGACUUCCCGGCUUAUGGCAUGUUGUCUGGUUGGGCCACGGCUGGUAAGAAAGCUUGUCCACAUUGCAUGCAGAAGACCAAAGCAUUUUGGCUUGAACAUGGUGGUAAAGUUUCUUGGUUUGAUUGCCACCGACAAUUCCUGCCGACAGAUCACCCUUUUAGGAACAGUAAAACAACAUUCUGUAGAAACAAAGUAGAGAUAGGAGCCCCUCCACACAUCAUGUCAGGAGAGGAGCUGUGGGAAUGUGUUAAGGACCUUCCGAAGGCUACAGAUGGACCCGAAUCAAUUAAAAGGCUGAAAAAUGAAAAGAAGGGGUGGUUCAAGCAAAGCACCUUGUGGGAGCUCCCAUAUUGGAAGCAUCUCCUCAUUCGUCAUAACUUAGAUGUCAUGCACAUCGAGAAGAACUUCUUUGAUCAGUUAAUUCACACUGUAAUGGAUGUGAAAAAGCUUACGUGUGACACCCCUUCAGCUCAAAAUGACAUUGCUGAAUAUUGUAAACGUCCCCAGCUUCAUCUUCAAGAGGAUGAUAGAGGAAAAGAGGUAAUGCCAAAGGCUCCAUUCGCUCUUGACAAGGCUCAGAGAAAAGUUUUGUGUGAGUGGGUUAAACAGCUGCGGUUCCCUGAUGGUUACGCCUCCAAUUUGAGCAGAUGCGUAGAUUUGAAAGCGUGUAAGCUCUAUGGAAUGAAAAGCCAUGACUGUCACGUGUUCAUGGAGAGGAUGUUGCCCACAGCUUUGAGGGAAUUGCUCCCUGGCCAUAUUUGGAAUGCAAUUACAGAGAUCAGCCAAUUCUUCCGAGACUUGUGUUGCUAUACAACAUCAGUUAGUGACAUGGAGCGAUUGGAGAAAAACAUACCUGAGAUCCUCUGCAAGCUUGAGAAGAUCUUCCCUCCUGCAUUCUUUAACUCCAUGCAGCAUUUGCCUACACAUUUUCCGUACGAGGGGAAGUUAUGUGGUCCUGUACAAUACAGGUGGAUGUAUCCCUUCGAAAGGUUCCUCAAUCAUUUGAAACGGAAAAUUGGGAACAAGGCUCGAGUUGAAGGGUCCAUAUGCAAUGCUUAUCUCACUGAAGAGAUAGAAAACUUCUGCUCCAAUUACUUUCAGUCGACAGUUGACACUAAAACUCGAGAUCUUGGUCGAAAUGUGAAUGCUGACGUUGAGUCCACAUCGGACAGCGCUGAAAUACCAGAGUUGUUCAAAGAGGACAGUGGUCGUGUGUCAAAUGAGGGUAGAGCUCGGUUCUUAGAUGACAAAGAACUCGAGUGUGCACAUUUAUUCGUGUUACGAAACACCGGCAUUCUUGGCGAAUACGAAAGAUUUACAUUGUGUGUUUGGCCUCGUAGGAAGUUUGAGAACUACAUUCUUAGUACUCGACCUUUCCUGCGUAGAGAAGAUGUCAUGGAGAAUUUCGAAACUGAAUUUUCUGAUUGGUUUCAUCACAAGGUGGUCGAAGAGAAGCCAAAUUCGGAUGUCCUGCGAGCGUUGUGCAUGCGUCCCUUCAGGCGAGUUCGUACUUGGGGCCAGAUUUUUGUAGGUGGAUUUAAUUUCCAUACACAUGCCCAUGGCAAGCACAAAUCCACCAUGAAUUAUGGGGUGUGUGUAUCUAGUGAGGAUGGCAGAGAGUACUUCGGCAUCUUAGAAGACAUAAUUGAACUUGUCUACACGGGACCCAAGAGACAGUACAAGACAAUUUUGUUUAAGUGCAAUUGGAUGGAUUGUGGUAGGGGAAUGAACAUACACGAACAAUACAAGCUAAUCGAAGUAAAUCAUACUAAGAAAUACCCCAAAUAUGAUCCAUUUGUUUUAUCUUACCAAGUGACUCAAGUGUACUACGCAUCAUACCCUAGCCUGAAAUGGGACCGAGUUCAAUGGUGGUCUGUGUUUAAAACACAUGCAAGGUCAGUGGUUGAUGCUCCGGUGGACUUAGAGUUUCUGCAAUCACCAUCCCCAACAUUACAUGCAACGCUUUGCCCGCCGAGUGACAUUCCAGACUACGCUAUGGAUGAUGAUGAUGAAGACGAUGAUGAUGGCUUUGUGAUCUCAAGCGAUGAAGACGAUGAAUCUAGUAUCGGCUCUAGUGAUAGUGACGAUGAUGAUGACAUCGAUGUAGUUUUAGAUGAUAGUAGUGAUGACUCUAGUAGUGAAAGUAGUGAUGAGAGUACUGAAUAG